GAAAAAGCAGAAUAUCUAAAUCAGUAUUAAAUAAUUUUCUAGCUAAUUAAAUUAAAAUAUAUUAAAGACUUUUAUCUAAAAUUUGCUAAAGCAAUUAUAACUAAUUGAUUUCGAAUGUACGGGAUACUUUACUGAUCUUUCUCUCAAGAAGCAAGGGAUUAAAUACCAAAUAUGAGUUUUUCAAGUUAAUUCUUUCCAAAUACUGUCCCACAGUGAAGCAGUCAAUCGUACCAAUCAUUCUGGCUUUAAUAUUGAUGGUUGGAAUAAUAUUUUUCCCUGGUAUCGUAUCCACCAUCAAGGAAACUUUUGAUGAUGAAGAAAUAGCACUGUUGACUGAUCCUCGUUCUCGGCAAUGGAUCUGGACUGUCGAAGAUAUCAAAAGAUCUGUACUAGAGGCCGGGUGCGGGUUGCCCUUUAGCAACUGUGAGAUGCGCCCGUAUCACAGACGUGUGCUGUCGUAUAUUUUGAUCAACGGUCUUUCUUGCCUUAUUUGCACAGCUCUCUUUUACCCGCUCUACAAGGCUGGGCUCAUUCUGCCUCUGCCAUCUGUCAGCUUUUCUCCACUCGUCCGAAUCGGCCAAUGGGAAAUUCUCGACAAUGGAUUUUAGAAAACAAAAUUAUCUUAUCUCAAUAAUUUCUUUCCUUUAUUAGCCACUGUGUAACGUAAUAAAACAAUUUCAUCGAA